CAGCAUCAAAUCAGGUCAAGGCCAACUGGAUCAGCUAGCGGGUUGGGACCGGGACAAGUUCAAGGAGGAGGCUUCCCAGACCUUUAACCUGGUCUUCCACAAGUACAACCCAAGGGUCAGACCACCCCGACCUUUCAUCGAUAUUAAAGUAGUGACCACACUAAAGCACAUCAGGCACUUGGAUCUAAAGAAGCAGGAGCUGCAAGCUGUACUAGAUAUUGAGACUGUAAGUGAUAAGUUGUACUGGAUAGUGAGACUGUAAUUUACAAAUUGUACUGGAUAGUGAGACUAUAAGUUAGAAAUUGUACUGGAUAGUGAAACUGUAAGUUACAAAUUGUACUGGAUAUUGAGACUGUAAGCUACAAAUUGUACUGGAUAGUGAGACUAUAAGUUACAAGUUGUACUGGAUAGUGAGACUAUAAGUUACAAAUUGUACUGGAUAGUGAGACUAUAAGUUACAAGUUGUACUGGAUAGUGAGACUGUAAGUGAAAAAUUGUACUGGAUAGUGAGACUGUAAUUUACAAAUUGUACUGGAUAGUGAGACUAUAAGUUAGAAAUUGUACUGAAUAGUGAGACUGUAAGUUACAAAUUGUACUGGAUAGUGAGACUGUAAGUUACAAAUUGUACUGGAUAGUGAGACUAUAAGUUACAAAUUGUACUGGAUAUUGGGACUGUAAGGUACAAAUUGUACAGGAUAUUGGGACUGUAAGGUACAAAUUGUACUGGUUAUUGAGACUGUAAAUUACAAGCUGUACUGGAUAUUUAGACUGUAAGUUACAAAUUGUACUGGAUAUUGAGACUGUAAAUUACAAGCUGUACAGGAUAUUGAGAUUGUAAGUUAAAAGUUGUACUGGAUAUUGAGACUGUAAUUUAAAAAUUGUACUGGAUAAUCAUAUUGUUAACUUAAGAAUUAAAAAGGCCGCCUUUAUUCUUUAAGUAAAGACUUUGGCUGGUCAUUUUUAAACGGUUCAUGAAAGUCAUCGAUAUAAAAAUGUUUUGAAAUGAAACAAAACAGGAUAAUUCAAGGUUUUCAAUAUCUUGUUUCUGGCUUUCAACUUGUCAUAUCAUAAACUAGAAGAUUCAUUUAACACCAAUGACAAAAUUGCUAUUAAAAAAGUGUCAUAAAAUAAAAUCAGACCUGAUGGUAUUAUGACAUACAGUCGUAGGUGGCUUGCUAGUCCGACCCGUACUCGGAAUCUUUUCUGGCACCGCGGACAGGGAUAGCUGCUGUAGUCGUUGGUCUAAGGAUGUUUUUUUUCUGGCUGGGCAGCGUGUCUCAGCUGUCGCUAUCCUACUGACUUCAUGAGAUUGAGCCCACUACUUUACAACUGAUCUCUACUUGGCUCUGUCCGGGACUGUCUGCACCCAUUCAAUCGGAUUGACGCUGAAGGUCUUUAGUGUUGCUUUCAGUGUGCCUUUGUAUCGCUUUCUUUGACCUCCUUGGGAGCGCUUGCCAAGCGUGUGUUCACCGAAGAAGAGCUGUUUAGGGAGCCGGUUGUCUUCUAUACGGGCUACGUGUCCCGUCCAAAGGAGUUAAGACUGCCUCAGUGUGAUGAAGAUCCUAGGUAGGUUCGCUCUAGCAAGGACGUCUGUGUCAGGCACUUUCUUUUGCCACCUGAUGCCGAGGAGUUUCCUGAGGCAUGCUGUGUGAAGUGGUUUACUUUCUGGGCAUGAUGCUAGUAGACUGUCCACGUUUUACAUCCAUAGAGCAAAGUCGAGAGGAUUGCUGCGCUAUAGACCUUUAUCUUCGUUUCUCGCCUGAUACCUCUUCUGUUCCAAAAAUUGCUGCGGAGUCUGACAAAUAUUUCACUAAUUUUUGCGAGUGUGGCAUUCAUUUCGCCAUCCAUGAUAGCAGAUCUGGAGAGAGUGCUGUCCAAGUUGGUAAAUUUGUCCACAGCGUUUAGACGCUGUCCGUUGAUGGUGAUACUGGGUUCAACGUAGGGCUCACUCGGAGCUGGCUGAUACACCACUUCAGUCUUUUUGUGUUGAUUGUGAGGCCAAAUUUGUUGCAGGCCCCAGAGAAGACAUCAACGCUGUGUUGCAUGACGGCUUCUGAUGCAGCGUUGAGUGCACAAUCGUCCUCAAACAAAAGUUCGUUGAUGGUAUUAUGUUUCACCUUGGGUUUAGCUUGAAGCCUCCUAAGGUUGGAGACUGAUCCAUCGGUGCGGAAACGGAUUGGCAAGCCGUGGUGGAGGGGUCCUUGAACGCAUCAGACAGUAUUGCAGAAUAAAUGAUACUGAAGACUGUGGUAGCCAGAACACAGCCCUGCUUCACACUGUGUGAUGAGGCCAUUAAAAGACUGCUCCAGGUCCCAACGAAGAAAUCACUGGACGCUGUUCCAACUUUGGUCGAGAUACAGACAGCCAUCCGCAAAAUGUCCAGUGGCAAAGCACCUGGCUCCGACAUGAUUCCUAUCCAAAUUUACAAAGAGGGUGGAAACGCUUAGGGAUAAGCUAUUGUGACUAUUCCAGAUCAUCUGGCAGAUGGAAACUGUACUAAAGGAUCUCAAAGGUGCCUCAAUUAUCCACCUGUACAAAGACAAGGGAAACCGCCAGGCCUGCUAAAAUCACCAAGGAAUAUCACUGCUGUACAUCGCAGGCAAGGUCUUGGCCCGAGUCCUUCUGAACCGCCUGAAUACACAUCUGGAGCUAGGUCUCCUACCUGAAAGUCAAUGCGGUUUCCGCAAAGAACGUGGAACUAUCGAUAUGGUGUUUGCUGCCAGGCAGCUUCAAGAGAAAUGCCAGGAACAAAAUAAGGCCCUAUAUUCCACAUUUAUCGACCUGAAUAAGGCUCGGACAAGGUCAAUAGGGGUGGCCUGUGGAAAAACAUGAAGAAGUACGGAUCCCAAGACAUCACCAUGAUGGCAUAAUGGCCCGAGUGCAGGAAAACGAUCAGUCAUCUCAAGAUACUAAUAUAGACAUGGCAUUAUGACAUACAGUCAUACAAAUAUAGACAUGGCAUUAUGACAUACAGUCAUACAAAUAUAGACAUGGCAUUAUGACACAAAGUCAUACAAUUAUAGACAUGUUAUUAUGACAUACAGUCGUACAAAUAUAGACAUGGUAUUAUGACAUACAUUCGUACAAAUAUAGACAUGGUAUUAUGACACACAGUCAUACAAAUAUAGAGAUGGUAUUAUGACAUACUGGCAUACAAAUAUAUCCAAGGUGUUAUGACAUACAGUCAAGCAACUACACGGAUAUUUACCCCCUAAGUUUAUUUUAAACAGUGUGUCCGUAAACAAAACUGUUUUUCCGCAAUAAAUAUGGCAUUUAGAUCAUUUGUUCAGUAGAUUAGAUCUGUUUGAGUUGUCAACCCUGGAAUUCACGUAGACGGCCAUUAACGAUGACGUAAGAACGAUUCGAAGCCUGAACGCUGAAUAAAUAACUCUGUAUUUCUAUCCCACAAGUCUCAGCUAAAGAAAAAAAAAGAACUACUGUUUCUCCUUAUCUGGUCAUCAAUGUUCACUGUCAUCAAUGUUCACUGUCAUCAAUGUUCACUGUCAUCAAUGUUCACUGCCAUCAAUGUUCACUGCCAUCAAUGUUCACUGCCAUCAAUGUUCACUGUCAUCAAUGUUCACUGCCGUCAAUGUUCACUGCCAUCAAUGUUCACUGCCAUCAAUGUUCACUGUCAUCAAUGUUCACUGUCAUCUAUGUUCACUGUCAUCAAUGUGCACUGUCAUCAAUGUUCACUGCCAUCAAUGUUCACUGCCAUCAAUGUUCACUGUCAUCAAUGUUCACUGUCAUCAAUGUUCACUGUCAUCAAUGCGCACUGUCAUCAAUGUUCACUGCCAUCAACGUUCACUGCCAUCAAUGUUCACUGCCAUCAAUGUUGACUGUCAUCAAUGUUCACUGCCAUCAAUGUUCACUGUCAUCAAUGUUCACUGUCAUCAAUGUUCACUGUCAUCAAUGUUCACUGUCAUCAAUGUUCACUGCCAUCAAUAUAAACAUUUACCUCUUAUUGGUACAAAUAGUUUACUUCAUGUGCUCAAACACUUUAAUGGAAAUUCUACCCCGAUACUCCAAGUUUCAGACGUAGCAGAUAUUGCUAAUAGAGAGAGUGCUAAUAGGGAGAGUGCUAAUAGAGAGAGUGCUGAUAGGGAGUUUGCUAAUAGAGAGAGUGCUGAUAGGGAGAGUGCUAAUAGAGAGAGUGCUAAUAGAGAGAGUGCUGAUAGGGAAUUUGCUAAUAGAGAGAGUGCUGAUAGGGAGAGUGCUUUUAGAGAGAGUUCUGAUAUAGAGAGUCCUAAUAAGGAGAGUGCUGAUAGUUGAGAGUGCCAAUAGAGAGAGUCCUAAUAAGGAGAGUGCUGAUAGUUGAGAGUGCUAAUAGAGAGAGUCCUAAUAAGGAGAGUGCUGAUAGUUGAGAGUGCUAAUAGAGAGAGUGCUGAUAGGGAGAGUGCUGAUAGGCAGAGUGCUGAUAGAGGGAGUGCUAUAGAGAGAGCUGAUAGGGAGAGUGCUAAUAGAAAGAGCUGAUAGAGGGAGCUAAUAGGGAGAAUGCUGAAAGGGAGAGUGCUACUAGAGUGACUGCUAAUAGAGAGAAUGCUGAUAGAGAGAAAGAGUUGAUAGAGAGAGCUAACAGGGAGAGUGCUGAUAGAGAUAUGAUAGGGAGAGUGCUAAUAGGGAGAGUGCUGAUAGAGAGAUUGCUGAUAGGCAGAGUGCUGACAGGGAGAGUGCUAAUAGAGAGAGAGAGAGAGCUGAUUAGGAGAUUGCAGGUAGGCAGAGUGCUGAUAGGCAGAGUGCUGAUAGAGAGUGUGCUGAUAAGGAGAGUGCUAAUAGAGAGUGCUUAUAGGGAGAGUGCUGAUAGGGAGAGUGCUUAUAGGGAGUGCUGAUAGAGAGAGAGCUGAUAGAGAGAGUGCUGAUAGAGAGUAUGCUGAUAGAAAGUAUGCUCAUAGGGAGAGUGCUGAUAGGGAGAGUGCUUAUAGGAAGAGUACUUAUAGAGAGAUUGCUUAUAGGGAGAGUGCUUAUAAGGAGAGUGCUUAUAGGGAGAGUGCUUAUAGGGAGAGUGCUUAUAGGGAGAGUGUUGAUAGGGAGAGUGUUGAUAGGGAGAGUGCUUAUAGGGAGAGUGCUUAUAGGGAGAGUGCUGAUAGAGAGAGAGCUGAUAGAGAGAGUGCUUAUAGAGAGUAUGCUGAUAGAAAGUAUGCUCAUAGGGAGAGUGCUGAUAGGGAGUGUGCUUAUAGGAAGAGUACUUAUAGAGAGAUUGCUUAUAGGGAGAGUGCUUAUAAGGAGAGUGCUUAUAGGGAGAGUGCUUAUAGGGAGAGUGUUGAUAGGGAGAGUGUUGAUAGGGAGAGUGCUUAUAGGGAGAGUGCUUAUAGGGAGAGUGCUUAUAGGGAGAGUGUUGAUAGGGAGAGUGCUUAUAGGGAGAGUGCUUAUAGGGAGAGUGCUUAUAGGGAGAGUGUUGAUAGGGAGAGUGCUUAUAGAGAGAGAGUGAUUAUAGGGAGAGUGUUGAUAGGAAGAGUGCUUAUAGGGAGAGUGCUUAUAGGGAGAGUGCUUAUAGGGAGAGUGCUUAUAGAGAGAGUGCUUAUAGGGAGAAUGCUGAUAGGGAGAAUGCUUAUAGGGAGAGUGCUUAUAGGGAGAGUGCUUAUAGGGAGAGUGCUUAUAGGGAGAGUGCUUAUAGGGAGAGUGCUGAUAGGGAGAGUGCUUAUAGGGAGAGUGCUUAUAGGGAGAGUGCUUAUAGGGAGAGUGCUUAUAGGGAGAGUGCUUAUAGGGAGAGUGUUGAUAGGGAGAGUGCUUAUAGGGAGAGUGCUUAUAGGGAGAGUGCUUAUAGGGAGAGUGUUGAUAGGGAGAGUGCUUAUAGAGAGUGUGAUUAUAGGGAGAGUGUUGAUAGGGAGAGUGCUUAUAGGGAGAAUGCUGAUAGGGAGAGUGCUGAUAGGGAGAGUGCUUAUAGGGAGAGUGCUGAUAGGGAGAGUGCUUAUAGGGAGAGUGCUUAUUGGGAGAGUGCUGAUAGGAGAGUGCUUAUAGGGAGAGUGCUUAUAGGGAGAGUGAUUAUAGAGAGAGAGAGCUGAUAGAGAGAGAGAGCUGAUAGAGAGAGUGCUGAUAGAGAGCAUGCUGAUAGGGAGAGUGCUUAUAGGGAGAGUGCUGGUAGAGAGUGUGCUGAGAGGUAGAGUGCUUAUGGGAGCGUGCUUAUAGGGAGAGUGCUUAUAGGGAGAUUGCUGAUAAGGAGAGGGAUUAUAGGGAGAGUGCUUAUAGGGAGAUUGCUGAUAAGGAGAGGGAUUAUAGGGAGAGUGCUUAUAGGGAGAUUGCUGAUAAGGAGAGGGAUUAUAGGGAGAGUGCUGAUAAGGAGAGUGCUUUUAGGGAGAGUGCUUAUAGGGAGAGUUCUGAUAGAGAGAAUGUUGACUGAUCUUGAUGACCUAUCCACAGCGCACUGGUUACCUAACCGCACCAACACCCUAAUUUCUACUAAUUGCUGCGCUCCAUUAAAGAGGGCAAGGUAUUUAUUUACCAAAUGACACAUGACCUAUGACACAUGACGUAAUAUCCUGUGAUUUUAUUUUUCACCACCAUUUCUGACUUUUAAAAAGAUUUUGGCAGGGCUGUCCUAACAACAUCGAGAGCCCAUCGAGGGCCCAGGGUCAUAUUGUUUCAAAUUUGUAUCCAAAAAUUUAGAGAAAGUCGAUUUCCGCCAGCUCCUGAACCACCUCACUCAGUGUGACUUGUUUGAGGCUUUCCAGUCAGCAUACAGGGUGCUGAGACAGCCCUGUUGCGCGUCAUAAAUGACCUCAUGUCAUCUUGUGACGAGGGCAAGUUAUCGCUUCUGUCGCUACUUGAUCGCUAGCGUUCAAUACGCUUGACCACGGCAAACUUCUACAACGUCUGCAAACAAGGUUUGGUUUCACCGAUACCGUGCUGAGAUGGUUCCGCUCGUAUAUGACAAAUCGGGUCUAAUCAGUUAUCGCAAACUGCUUGACCUCAAGCAAACUAUUAUUGAAUUCGGAGUACCCCAGGGCUCGGUCUUAGGCCCGCUGCUUUUCACUACGUACAUUCAGUGAUCAAGCUGUUUGACAUCCUGUAUCAAAUGUUCGCGGAUGAUACACAACUUCAGCAAUCCGUGACCUCCUCUCAGUUCCCUAAGCUUCUUAGUAUGACAAGGAAGACAGUGGAGUCAGUUAAGCACUGUAUGAACAUAAACAAACUGAAAUUAAACGAUGAAAAGACCGAGCUGAUCCCCAUUGCUACCGCACAAAAGCUGAAAUCUGUAAAUAACACACCAACCCUUACUCUCUCAGGUAUCCAGAUUAAGUUUGCACAAACAGUGCGAAACCUGGGGUACUACUUAGAUAGAACACUAACUAUGGAAUAUCACAUUAACAUGCUUUGCAAGGCGAUGUUUCUAGAGCUUUGCAGAAAUAGUCAUAUCAGACCUUUCUUAAUGUUUGAUGCAACAAAGAGACUGAUGUCUGUAUUCGUGCUAUCACGCAUGGAAUACUGCAUGGUGGGUAAAAUUCAAAAAGCCCAGAAUAGUGCGGCUCGCAUUGUUCUUCGCAAAGGCAAAUUUGAACAUGCUAAAAUACUACUGAGAGAGUUGCAUUGGCUGCCGGUCCGCGCUCGCAUAGAGUACAAAAUUGCAACUCUGUGCUACCGCUGCUUGUAUGACCUGGCGCCAUCUUAUCUCAAAGCGCUCAUGAUGACUUCAGUACCAAAUAGACAAUUCCGCUCAUCCGGUAGUGGCAAACUCUCGAUACCACCGCGUCGCCUUGAGAUUAUCGGAAGGCGCACUUUCGCAUUUGCUGGCCCAACAAUUUGGAACACAUUUCCUGUUGCUCGCAGAAACAGCCAGACACUUGAGUCUUUCAAAACCGAUUUGAAAACACAUCUAUUUUGCAAACACCUACUGGCGUGAUGCUGUCUACCAUCUUUUCUAGCUAGCUAUUAUCUCCUAGUUGGUUGAAUUUGUACCGCGCUUUGAGACUUUGGUGUUAAAGCGUAAUUUUCAAAUAAACUGUAUUAUUUAUUAUUAUUAUUAAAUGAUGCUUUGAGACCCCUGAGUCAUCUUUAACCAAUGCAAGUAUUGAUAGGAAAAAGCUAUGGGCUCAGGAUGGCGCAUGAACUUUGAUCAGUGUUUCUUUCAGACAAGUUCAUUGAUUGAAAGUGUGUCUGUGUGUGGAGGGGCUUUCAGACGUUUACUGGGGGAAUGGGGGCAAGGCAUCUAGCAACGCCAUAAUUACGUAAAGAUCUUGAUGCCCCUAGAAAAAGCCAGGCACACCUGCAAGGCCAUCUGCCCAUCUGUGAGGCCCUGGACAUCUGCCCCAUUUAACCCGUGCCUCAAGAUGGUUCUGGCUUGGGGUUUCUCUUCUGUUCCUUGCAAUUAUCUUUUUAACUUUGUGUUUAGAGAGUUAGACUCUGAAAUACAAACUGCUGAUGAAAUUUGGUCUUGAUUUUUGAGCCCCGGAAUGUUUGAGAAUUUGACGAGAUCCUUCGGCUGAUCAGAAUUCCAAAAGAACACUAAAGACUUGCGGUGACAUGAUCCUUCGGUUGGUCAGAAUUCCAAAAGAACACUAAAGACUUGCCGUGACAUGAUCCUUUGGUUGGUCAGAAUUCCAAAAGAACACUAAAGACUUGCGGUGACAUGAUCCUUCGGUUGGUCAGAAUUCCAAAAGAACGCUAAAGACUUACGGUGACAUGAUCCUUCGGUUGGUCAGAAUUCCAAAAGAACACUAAAGACUUGCGGUGACAUGAUCCUUCGGUUGGUCAGAAUUCCAAAAGAACACUAAAGACUUACAGUGACAUGAUCGUUCGGUUGGUCAGAAUUCCAAAAGAACAGUAAAGACUUGCGGUGACAUGAUCCUUCGGUUGGUCAGAAUUCCAAAAGAACGCUAAAGACUUACGGUGACAUGAUCCUUCGGUUGGUCAGAAUUCCAAAGGAACACUAAAGACUUGCGGUGACAUGAUCCUUUGGUUGGUCAGAAUUCCAAAAGAACACUAAAGACUUACGGUGACAUGAUCCUUCGGUUGGUCAGAAUUCUAAAAGAAUACUAAAGACUUACGGUGUCAUGAUCCUUUGGUUGAUCAGAAUUCCAAAAGAACACUAAAGACUUGCGGUGACAUGAUCUUUCGGUUGAUCAGAAUUCCAAAAGAACACUAAAGACUUCUGGUGACAUGUUCCUUCGGUUGGUCAGAAUUCUGAAAGAACAGUAAAGACUUACGGUGACAUAAUCCUUCGGUUGAUCAGAAUUCCAAAAGAAAACUAAAGACUUACGGUGUCAUGAUCCUUUGGUUGGUCAGAAUUCCAAAAGAACACUACAGACUUACAGUGACAUGAUCGUUCGGUUGGUCAGAAUUCCAAAAGAACAGUAAAGACUUGCGGUGACAUGAUCCUUCUGUUGGUCAGAAUUCUGAAAGAACACUAAAGACUUACGGUGACAUGAUCUUUCGGUUGAUCAGAAUUCCAAAAGAACACUAAAGACUUCCGGUGACAUGUUCCUUCGGUUGGUCAGAAUUCUGAGAGAACAGUAAAGACUUACGGUGACAUAAUCCUUCGGUUGAUCAGAAUUCCAAAAGAAAACUAAAGACUUACGGUGUCAUGAUCCUUUGGUUGGUCAGAAUUCCAAAAGAACACUACAGACUUACAGUGACAUGAUCGUUCGGUUGGUCAGAAUUCCAAAAGAACAGUAAAGACUUGCGGUGACAUGAUCCUUCUGUUGGUCAGAAUUCUGAAAGAACACUAAAGACUUCUGGUGACAUGAUCCUUCGGUUAAUCAGAAUUCCAAAAGAAUACUAAAGACUUCCGGUGACAUGAUCCUUCGGUUGAUCAGAAUUCCAAAAGAACAUUAAAGACUUACGGUGUCAUGAUAAGAAUUCCAAAAGAACAGUAAAGACUUGCGGUGACAUGAUCCUUCUGUUGGUCAGAAUUCUGAAAGAACACUAAAGACUUACGGUGACAUGAUCCUUCGGUUAAUCAGAAUUCCAAAAGAAUACUAAAGACUUCCGGUGACAUGAUCCUUCGGUUGAUCAGAAUUCCAAAAGAACAUUAAAGACUUACAGUGUCAUGAUAAGAAUUCCAAAAGAACAGUAAAGACUUGCGGUGACAUGAUCCUUUGGUUGAUCAGAAUUCCAAAAGAACACUACAGACUUGCGUUGACAUGAUCCUUCGGUUGGUCAGAAUUCCAAUAUAAUACUAAAGACUUACGGUGACAUGCUCUUUCCGUUAGUCAGAACUCCAAAAGAAUACUAAAGACUUACAGUGACAUGCUCUUUCAGUUAGUCAGAAUUCCAAAAGAACACUAAAGACUUACGGUGACAUGAUCCUUCGGUUGGUCAGAAUUCCAAAAGAAUACUAAAGAGUUACAGUGACAUGCUCUUUCAGUUUAUCAGAAUUCCAAAAGAACAGUAAAGACUUGCGGUGACAUGAUCCUUCAGUUGGUCAGAAUUCCAAAAGAACACUAAAGACUUACGGUGACAUUCUCUUUCAGUUUAUCAGAAUUCCAAAAGAACACUAAAGACUUACAGUGACAUGCUCUUUCCGUUAGUCAGAAUUCCAAAAGAACACUAAAGACUUACGGUGACAUGAUCCUUCAGUUGGUCAGAAUUCCAAAAGAACACUAAAGACUUACGGUGACAUUCUCUUUCAGUUAGUCAGAAUUCCAAAAGAACAGUAAAGACUUACAGUGACAUGCUCUUUCCGUUAGUCAGAAUUCCAAUUCCAAAAGAACACUAAAGACUUACGGUAACUCGAUCCUUCAGUUUAUCAGAAUUCCAAAAGAAUACUAAAGACUUACGGUGACAUGCUCUUUCAGUUGGUCAGAAUUCCAAAACAAAACUUGUCUAAAGACUCACGGUGACUUCCGAUUCGGAGUUGCUAUUUCAUCUUUCAAGAAUCAUUAUUUCUAUUUCAACUUCCUAUUAAAGAUUCAGUACAGUUCCUCGUAACCAGACAUGCAUGUGAAAAGAAGCAUUGAAAAUAUAUUGUUUGUUUAUGUAUCAAAAAGAACUACCUAAAAGAUCUACCUAAAAGACGACGGUAAUAAAUGAUAAAAACAAGAACAACAACAGCAGAAAAACUCACUUAAUUUUAGCGGAUAAAUGACAGGGAGAACAUGCAAUAUGCAGUCAUUUAGGCGCAUCUAACAUAAACUAACAAAGAUGUGCAGUCAUUUAGGCACAUAUAACAUAAACUAACAAUACUAUAUUAUGAGGUAAAAGUGUGUCCUCUAUAGGAGAAAUUGUUUGAUGUUCAGUUCUAUGCUUCUGUUUACUCAGAGUUGGUUCGACAGCAGACUAGAAUGGUAUCCAGACAAAGUGUUCCAGAUCAUGGUCAACUCGAGCAUUGUGUGGACUCCGGAUAUCGUCUUCACCAACGUGUGAGUAGAGGCCCCGCCACCCCCCCCCCACCACCCCCCACCCCAUUCAAGCAAUUUUCCUAAAACCACGUGAUAUGGUAUAUGUUUGUCCCAUGCUGUACUACUCUCUUAUAUGGUAUAUAUUUGUCGUUUUCUUAUUUGUGGGGGCUCCGGAUAUCGCCCUCACCCACGUGUGAGUAGAGGCCCCCCCCCCCCCCCCCCCACCACCCCCCACCCCAUUCAAGCAAUUUUCCUAAAACCACGUGAUAUGGUAUAUGUUUGUCCCAUGCUGUACUACUCUCUUAUAUGGUAUAUAUUUGUCGUUUUCUUACACCGUGCUGUACUGCUCUCUUAUAUGGUAUAUAUUUGUCGUUUGCUUACACCGUGCUGUACUGCUCUCUUUUAUGCAUGGUACAUAUUUGUCCUUACCUAACAACGUGCUGUACUGGUCUCUUAUAUGGUAUAUAUUUGUCCUUGCCUAACACGGUGCUCUACUGCUCUCUUACAUGGUAUAUUUAUUGUCCUUUCCUAACACGGUGCUCUACUGCUCUCUUACAUGGUAUACAUUUGUCCUUGCCUAACACGGUGCUCUACUGCUCUCUUACAUGGUGUAUACUUGUCCUUGCCUAACACGGUGCUCUACUGCUCUCUUACAUGGUAUAUAUUUGUCCUUGCCUAGCACGGUGCUCUACUGCUCUCUUACAUGGUAUAUAUUUGUCCUUGCCUAACACGGUGCCCUACUGCUCUCUUACAUGGUAUAUAUUUGUCCUUGCCUAACACGGUGCCCUACUGCUCUCUUAUAUGGUAUAUAUUUGUCCUUGCCUAACACGGUGCCCUACUGCUCUCUUACAUGGUAUACUAGCAAAAUACCACCGCUUCUUUUUAAGACAAAAAGGUCAGACGUGAUCAACUAUCCGCAUAGUCGGGAGACGAUCAAAUGCAUUCCUUGCGAAAAUCAAUCCUGUUGGACAGCGGUUCUCAACCUCUGGGUCGCGACUCCUUUGGGGGUCGUGCGACCAUUUCACGGGGUCGCCAAAGAUCAUUGGAAAACACACAUUUCCGAUGCUGACGGUUUUAGAAACCCAUUGAUUAGGACCGGCUAAAAAAACAGAUAUGUCGCAAAUUUUCAUUAUGAUUGGAGACGAAAAUUUGUUACAAAAUUGAGUGAAAUUUCCUUAUCUAACGACAUUGUCCGCCGAAGAACAGAUGACAUGUCUGUUGAUAUUCUUGAUCAGGUAAUCCAAGAAAUUAAAUCUACUCCACUUCCAAUAUUUAGGAUUCUGUUUCAUGAAUCUAGAUUAAUAAGACACGAACAAAUUGUGUAAUUAUAACAAUAUAAGUUACGCUUUAAUAAAAAUUAUACAAGUAAACGUAUACCCAAUUUGUUCGUGUCUUAUUAAUCUAUUUUAAAGCUUUAACUCACAGUCAGUUACUAGUUUACUUAAGGUAUAUAAAUGAUGUCGACUUUAGAGAUGAGUUCCUUUUUUGCAAACCUCUUGAAACGACAACUCCUGCACGUGAUGUGUAUGACACAGUUGGUUCAAACGACAACUCCUGCACGUGAUGUUUAUGACACAGUUGGUUCAAACGACAACUCCUGCACGUGAUGUGUAUGACACAGUUGGUUCAAACGACAACUCCUGCACGUGAUGUGUAUGACACAGUUGGUUCAAACGACAACUCCUGCACGUGAUGUGUAUGACACAGUUGGUUCAAACGACAACUCCUGCACGUGAUGUGUAUGACACAGUUGGUUCAAACGACAACUCCUGCACGUGAUGUGUAUGACACAGUCUGCACGUGAUGUGUAUGACACAGUCUGCACGUGAUGUGUAUGACACAGUCUGCACGUGAUGUGUAUGACACAGUCUGCACGUGAUGUGUAUGACACAGUCUGCACGUGAUGUGUAUGACACAGUCUGCACGUGAUGUGUAUGACACAGUCUGCACGUGAUGUGUAUGACACAGUCUGCACGUGAUGUGUAUGACACAGUUGGUUCAUUUCUGAAAGAUCGUAAGAUCUCUUUGGAAAAGCUUUGUGGUAUUUUUACAGAUGGUGCUCCAGAUCUGCUAGGAUGUCGAUCUGGAUUUUAACGUUUGGUACUGAAUGAGUCACCAAAUGUCACCGGAACUCACUGAUUGAUUCAUCGGCAAAAAAUGCAACAUAGAUGCUGCCACAUAUGUUAGAAGAACUGACGAAAAGCGUCAUAAGUUCUGUCAUAAGUUCUCUCAUAAGUUCUGUCAUAAGUUCUGUCAAUUGUGUAAAGACGAGCAAUUUAAACAGUCGACUGUCUUUGCAAAUGUGCAACGAGUAGGGUGCGCCGAACAACGCUCUGCUAUGUCACACCGAAGUGGGUUGGUUGUCGAAAGGACUCUGCUAUGUCACACCGAAGUGGGUUGGUUGUCGAAAGGACUCUGCUAUGUCACACCGAAGUGGGUUGGUUGUCGAAAGGACUCUGCUAUGUCACACCGAAGUGGGUUGGUUGUCGAAAGGACUCUGCUAUGUCACACCGAAGUGGGUUGGUUGUCGAAAGGACUCUGCUAUGUCACACCGAAGUGGGUUGGUUGUCGAAAGGACUCUGCUAUGUCACACCGAAGUGGGUUGGUUGUCGAAAGGACUCUGCUAUGUCACACCGAAGUGGGUUGGUUGUCGAAAGGACUCUGCUAUGUCACACCGAAGUGGGUUGGUUGUCGAAAGGACUCUGCUAUGUCACACUGAAGUGGGUUGGUUGUCGAAAGGACUCUGCUAUGUCACACUGAAGUCACGUGGUUGUUGAAAGGAAACGUUUUAAACAUAAUUUUGACCUUCGUGGUGAACUCAGAACUUGUUCAAAUCAGAAAGCCAGACCGCAGUUUAAAGCACUUUUUAGUGAUAAGAGUGAAGUGCAGAACAUAGUUUACUUGGUUGACCUCUUUGUCAUCUUCAAUGAAUUAAAUUGAUCAGUGCAAGGACCAAAUGCAACAUGCGUCAAUCUGUCUGAAAAGAUGCGAUCGUUUAAAGUUUAAUUUCAGCUUUGGGAAAAAAACUGGGUGAAAAUAAAAUGACAUGCUGCCAAUCUUAUCUGGUGUCUUUGAGGAACAUGACAUUGAACCAGAAAAAGAGAUAACGAUGAUAAAUUCAGUGAAGAAACACUUGCACAUGCUUAUACACGAAAUUGUAUCAUACUUUCAAAAUCUAUCUGACACCCCAAAUGCACUUGCCAGAAGCCCUCUCACAGUCAAAGUUAAAGAUGUUCCCGAGUCAACACAAGAGGAGUUCAUUGAACUUAUUAACAGCGAUGCAGUGAGAACUGAUUUCUCUACAAGCCAGUUAGAAAAUUCUGGAUCAAGUGUUUGCAGUCAUAUCUUGUUCUGUCUGAGACUGUGUUGUGCCCUCCUCAGCCCUUUCCAACAACAUAUCUUUGUCAAACAGGGUUUUCCAGCUUGUUGGUAAUCAAGUCUAAAGAUAGAAAUAGACUUGUUGUGGACGAUGAUCUUCGUUGUGCUCUUGCAGAGACUGUCCCGAGCAUUUCUGAUUUGGUAAGAAAGAAACAAUCUCAACCUUCGCACUGACGUUGUCUUUUUACGCAUACUGUCUCAACAUGUAGCAAUGGAGUUUACUGUUUUUACAUCAAGACUGUUACCCGUGCUACACCAUGCCUCAAGACAAAAUUUCAUUUAUUUUUAAUUAGAAAAAUAUAUUUCACAAUAUGUAAUUACCUAUUGUUUUUCUGUGAUUAAUCACAAUGCUUUAAUUAUGUUCAAUUUGUCACAAUGAAAAUACAACCUGCAUAUCACAUAUUUACAUUACGAUUCAUAACAGAAGCAAAAUUACAGUUUUGAAAUAGCAACGAAAAUAAUUUUAUGGUUGGGGGUCGCCACAACAUGAGGGACUGUAUAAAGGGUUGCGGCCUUAGAAAGGUUGAGAACCACUGCUGUAGGGUCUGCCCUUGAGACCCCAAUCCUGGUAAGACCCCAAUUCUAAGGAGUCCUCAAUCCCAUUCUGAAACCGAUCCCGGCGCAAUCCCUUUUCCCGGUGUGAUCCCUUUCACGGUGGGAACAUAUUUCCUUGUGGCUCCGAUCCCUUCGGUUUCUUGAUCCCAGUGGGCUACCCAUCCCGUUAGGAUACCGUUCUCAGUGGGAUCCCGUUUCACCUAGGGACUCUCUGUUCCGAUGUUAUCACUUUUUCUGAUAGGAUCCUGAUCCCGUUUUGAUCCCGUUACCCGAUGGGAUCUCGAUGGUAUCCUGUUCCCCGAUGGGAUCGCGUAACCGAUGGAUCCCAUUAGGAUCCUGUUUCUCAAUAGGAUCAUGCUCAGUGCGAUUUUGUUCGAGUACGCUUUUAGAUCUAAUUAUAUAUCCCGUAGAAUAAUAUAGAACAUUCUAGAAUAUUCUAGAUUAAAUUUAAUACCCUCCAUGAAAUGUGUAAAAAAAUCACUUUUAUAAGUAAUUAUUUCUCGAAUUCGAAAUAUUAUACAGCUAAAUUGUACUACUACAACUAUAGUACAUUUAAAUUGAUACAGGGGCCUUGGUGGGGGCCAAUUUAAUAAAGUAACAUUUUAGUUAUGCCUGAGAUGGGGGCCCUAUAAAAAUCAUUCCGAUAAAUUAUAGAUUUAAAAUUUGUCCUAUUAAAAUUGGUUUGAAAAUGCCUUUGAUACAGCUUUUUUAAACUAUCGAAGUUUCUUGAAAAAUCUAAAUCGGCCCUAAAUGGGUUGGAUAUUAUUAGGUUUAAAUCCAUUGAUAUUUUAAUGCGGACAGAGAAGGGUAUUGCUACAAAGCUAGGCCUAGAGCAACCUAUUCACAUAGAGCCUAUAGUGUUGUCUAACCCUAUUGAUAUUAUAUAACUUAUAUUAGGAAAAAUGAAAAUGGUCACCCGGCCUCAGAGGGAUGGAUGUUAUGAGUUCAGUAACCUCAGUAUUUGAAUAUGGAUAAUCACGUGUAUGUGUGCUAAGUUUGGUCAAGAUCCAGCUGUCCAUGUAGGAGUAAUUCUUGUUAAUAUAAUUUUUAUAAAUAAUAAAAGGAAAAAAAAUCGGGUCUCCCAAUUGUGACCGUUCCGGGUAGAGUUUCGAAAUGAAACCUCCUGAACUUUUGUGAGUAAGCCAAAAGGAAUAAGCCUUCCAAAUUUCAGACUCCUAUCUACAGGGGAGGUUGAAGAAUAUAGCUUAUAUAAUAAAAAAAAAAAAUCGGGCCCAUGGCCCCAGAGGUAUGGGUAUUAUAAGUUCAGUACCCUUCGGUAUUUGAAUAUGGAUAUUCAAGAGUAUCUGUACUUAGUUUAGUCAACAUCCACCGAUUCAUUUAGGAGUAUUAAGGCUAUUGAUAUGUCUAUUGACUAUAUUAGACAAAUGAAAUGGGGCCCCAGGCCCCAGAGGGAUGAAUAUCAUGAGUUCAGUAACCUCGGGUAUUUGAAUAUGGAUAAUCAAGAGUAUGUGUACUCAGUUUGGUCAAGAUCUAUCUAUCCAUGUAGGAGUAUCUCUUGUUAAAUUUAUUUAUGUAGCUGAUAUUAGGAAAGAAACGAAUUCGGGGCCCCCGGUUGUGACCUUUCCGGGUAGAGUUUUGAAAUGACACCUGCAUAACUUUUGUAAGUACGCUGUAAGGAAUCUGCCUGCCAAAUUCCAGGCUUCUAUCUACAGGGGAAGUUGGAGAAUAUAGCUUAUAUAAUAGAAAAUGAAAUGCCCCCCCCCCCCGCCCCAGAGUUAUGGAUAUUAUAAGUUCAUACCUUUCCGGGUAGAGUUUUGAAAUUACACCUUCAUAACUUUAGUAAGUACGCUGUAAGGAAUCUGCCUGCCAAAAUCCAAGCUUCUAUCCACAGGGGAAAUUGGAGAAUAAAGCUUAUAUAAUAGAAAAUGAAAUGCCCCCCCCCCCCGCCCCAGAGUUAUGGAUAUUAUAAGUUCAGUACCCUUCGGUAUUUGAAAAUGGAUAGUCAAGAGAAUGUGUCCUAAGUUUGGUCAAGGUCCAUCUAUCUAUGUAGGAAUGUUAAGCCUAUUGAUAUUUAUAUAGCUCAUAUAAGAAAAAAAUUAAAUAGGGCCCCGGCCCCAGAGGUAUAGAUAUAAUGAUUUCAGUACCCUUUGGCCUUUGAACUUGGAUAAUACAAGAGUAUAUGUACAUAGUGUAGUCGAGAUUCAUCUAUUUAUGUAGGAAUAUUAAGCUCAUUGAUAUUUAAAUAGUUCAUAUAAGAAAAAAUGAAAUAGGGCCCCCGGCCCCAGAGGUAUGGAUAUUAUGAGUUCAGUACACUUCAGUAUUUGAAUACGGAUAAUCAAGUUUAUGUGUUCUAAGUUUGGUCAAGAUCCAUCUAUCCAUGUAAGAGUAUUUGUUGUUAAUUUUAUGUAUAAUGCUCAUGUAAGGAAAAAACGAAUUUCGUGCCCCCAGUUUGACCGUUCCGGGUAGAGUUUCGAAAUUAAACAUGCUUAUCAUGCUUAUCUUUUGUAAGUAGGCUGUAAAAAAUAACCCUGCCAAAUUUCAACCUUCUAUCUACUUGGGAAGUUGGAGAAUAUAGCUUAUAUAAGAAAAAUUGAAAUGGGGGCCUCGGCCAGAGAGGGAUGAAUAUUAUGUGUUUAGUACACUUGGGCAUUUGAAUAUGGAUAAUCAAGUGUAUGGGUACUAAGUUUGGUCAAGAUCCAUCAAUUCAUGUAGGAGUACUAAGCCUAUUGAUAUUUAUAAAGAUUAUAUUAGAAAAAAUGUAAUGGGCCUACCGCCCCAGACGGAUGGAUAUUAUGUGUUAAGUACCCUUCGGUAUUUGAAUAUGGAUAAUCAAAUAUAUGUAUAUUAAGUUUGGUCAAGAUCCAUCUAUUCAUGUAGCAGUAUUUGUUGAUCAUUUUGUUUAUAAAGCUCAUAUAGAGAAAAAUGACAUUUUGGACCCCCGGCCCCCAACGGCAUAGAGUUUCAAAAUAAAACCUGCUUAACUUUUGUAUGUAAGCUGUAAGGAGUAAGCCUGCCAAAUUUCAGGCUUCUAUCUACAGGGGAAGUUGGAGAAUUAGUGAUGAGUCAGUGAGUGAGGGCUUUGCCUUUUAUUAGAAUAGAUAUUGUGUCCUUGCCUUACACCCUGCCUUUCUGGUCACUUUUAUGCUAUACAUUUGUCUCGUGAUAUACUGCUUACUAAUAAUAAUAAUUAUAAUAAUAAAGCUUUUUUGAAAAUCACAUCCCAAAGGCUCGAAGCGCGGUACAAAGUCAACCAUAUUUAAAGAGAAAUGAAAAAAAUCUAUGAUAUUAUAAUGUUAGUUAAAAAAAUAAUUCUUAACCGAUAUCGGUUGAUUCCGCUUUCAUCGACUUCAUCAUCAGUGCAAACAACAAACAAAACAAGUCAAGAUGAGAUUGUUGAAACAUGCAAGCUUGUACUAUGUAGACAUCAAGCAGCUUUCUAUGUCACAAAGGAUAGCUUAACAAUUAUGUCAUUGUUUUCAGAAGACUGCUUAAAAAAGAUAUUAGAAAUAUCCAAAGGGUUAGAGGAAAACUUGAAGGACAAUAACACAAAGUGAACGUUCUUGCCAAACUAGCCUUCCACAACAGUUCAAGAAAGACGCAAGCACUCUUAGCUUGUUGUAUAGAGAUGUAGUCUACAGAAGACUGUAGACACAAUCAAAUACAUCCAAGUUCUGUUAUUUUCCUUCUUCAGGUUGUCCUCUGUCCUUUGUAUACUUCUUAUGGUUUCAACUUGAAGGCAGUCCACCCCGUAUUUCUCUUUAAGUAAGACAAACAACAAACACACUGCCACAAACAUUUAAAUACGUUUUGAUAAGCCAUUGAACUUUGAGUAUGGUACCAGCCAAGCGUAUUGGUCAGAGGGGUAUGGUAUCAGCUAAGGGUAUAGGUCAGAGGGGUAUGGUAUCAGCUAAGCGUAUAGUUCAGAGGGGUAUGGUAUCAGCUAAGGAUAUAGGUCAGAGGGUAUGGUAUCAGCUAAGCGUAUUGGUCAGAGGGGUGCAUUAGAGAAAAGCCUGACCAUGCAAACAAUUAAGUUUGUAACGUAAAGUUUCCGAUGUUAAAUUUUGAAAUGUUUUGUUUGAUUUUAAUAUUCAUGUCACAAAAAAUUAAUGUGUCAUUAGUUUCUGAAAAUCUCUUUGUUCUAGAGUGGCGCCCACCCGGGCACUGUAUCCUAACGUCCUGAUGAUCAGUCACAAGGGCAUUGUCCACUGGACACAGAAAGAGGUGGGUGCAGGCAUCAAAAACAUUUCAAUGAAUGAACGCAUCAUUCUGCUGCUCCUCAUUAUUCUACUACUCAUCAUUCUACUGCUCCACAUCAUUCUACUGCUCCUCAUCAUUCUUCUGCUCCUCAUCAUUCUACUGCUCCACAUCAUUCUACUGCUCCUCAUCAUUCUUCUGCUCCUCAUCAUUCUACUGCUCCACAUCAUUCUACUGCUCCUCAUCAUUCUACUGCUCCGCUUUUAUUCUACUGCUCCACUUUUAUUCUACUGCUCCACAUCAUUCUACUGCUCCACAUCAUUCUACUGCUCCGCUUUUAUUCGACUGCUCCGCUUUUUCUCUACUGCUCCGCUUUUAUUCUACUGCUCCACAUCAUUCUCUUGCUCCGCUUUUAUUCUACUGCUCCUCAUCAUUCUACUGCUCCACAUCAUUAUACUGCUCCGCUUUUAUUCUACUGAUCCUCAUCAUUAUACUGCUCCUCAUCAUUCUACUGCUCCUGAUCAUUCUAUUGCUUCUCAUCAUUCUACUGCUCCGCAUCAUUCUACUCUUUGCAUCAAUCUACUGCUCCGUCUUUUUUUAAAGAUAAAUAUAUUCUAUUUAUAGAUUUGCAUUAGAGACUGACAGAAUUUCGGCUUCGGUUUCGGCACCGAAAGUUGCUAUUUGAUCACUUUCGGCAUUUUUUUCUUUUUCGGCUGAAACAUGAUGUUCGGUUGAAUUUCGGUUUCGGCCAAAACAAAAAAGUUAAGUUUCAGUUUAUUUUCGGUUUCGACCGAAAGUGAUUGAGUGCGUACGUAUAAUGGAUGGCCCCUUACUUUGGCAGGGUACGGGAAAGGGUUUGAUUUUUUUUUUUCAUACGAUAUUGGAUGAACAAUUCACUAAUCAACUCUAAUUGGCUCCGUUAAUGGACAUGCUCAUUGCAUGGAUGAUUUUAAUGUUAUCAUCGGCCUUGAAUCGGCCCAACUUUUUCAAGACGACUUACUUUUUUUAAAAAAUGCAUUGUCUAUUGCUCCGCAUAGUAGCGUUAGAUUUUGAAAUAUUCUAUAAGAUCUGGUAAGUGGCAUUCGAAAUCAAUUUUUAAAAGUCACUUAGCACCCUACUAUUGUUCCAUCAAUUCUCUUCCCUUCUCCCAAUAAAUCUUGCUGUAGUUUUAGAUCACAAUAUGUUAACGGAAAAUAAAAUCAGGCUUCUAAGCUUAAUGCAGGGCUGGGCAGUCUUCAGCCCACCAUAUUAAAUGUUGUGACCCUCCGGAUGUAUCACAAAUGAAUUUUUCUAUUCAUUCAAAAAGUGAUAAUGCACAUUUUCUCUAGCUAUAUACAUCAUAUAUUUCUUAUACAUCAUAUAUUUCUUAUACAUCAUAUAUUUCUUACACAUCAUAUAUUUCUUAUACAUCAUAUAUUUCUUAUACAUCAUAUAUUUCUUAUACAUCAUAUAUUUCUUAUACAUCAUAUAUUUCUUAUACAUCAUAUAUUUCUUAUACAUCAUAUAGAUCAUUUUUGUGGACGGUACGCGCCAUUUCAUUGUGUCCGCCCACAUUUCGGACUGAGAGAUUCAAAUAAGUAAACAAAAUUUUUAAGUUAGCAUUUAUUAACUACUCAAAAGGAUUUAUGUAAAAAAAAAUGCAAUGACUAGCAUGAUACAAAACUAUAACAUCAAUGACUAGAAUGAUAGAAAAAUAUAACAUCAAUGACUAGAAUGAUAGAAAACUAUAACAUCAAGGACUAGAAUUAUACAAAACUAUAACAUCAAUGACUAGAAUGAUAGAAAACUAUAACAGCAAUGGCUAGAAUGAUGGAAAACUAUAACAGCAAUGACUAGAAAGAUAGAAAACUGUAACAGCAAUGACUAGGAUGAUACAAAACUAUAACAGCAAUGACUAGAAUGAUACAAAACUAUAACAGCAAUGACUAGAAUGAUACAAAACUAUAAAAGCAAUGACUAGAAUGAUACAAAACUAUAACAGCAAUGACUAGAAUGAUACAAAACUAUAACAGCAAUGACUAGAAUGAUACAAAACUAUAACAGCAAUGUCUAGAAUGAUACAAAACUAUAACAGCAAUGUCUAGAAUAAUACAAAACUAUAACAGCAAUGGCCAGAAUGAUACAAAACUAUAACAGCAAUGACUAGAAUAAUACAAAACUAUAACAGCAAUGGCUAGAAUGAUACAAAACUAUAACAGCAAUGACUAGAAUGAUUGAAAACUAUAACAGCGAUGACUAGAAUGAUAGAAAACUAUAACAGCAAUGACUAAAAUGAUAGAAAACUAUAACAGCAAUGACUAGAAUGAUAGAAAACUAUAACAUCAAUGACUAGAAUGAUAGAAAACUAUAACAGCAAUGACUAAAAUGAUAGAAAACUAUAACAGCAAUGACUAGAAUGAUAGAAAACUAUAACAUCAAUGACUAGAAUGAUAGAAAACUAUAACAGCAAUGACUAGAAUGAUAAAAAAACCAUGCCAGCAAUGACUAGAAUGAUAUAAAACUAUAACAGCAAUGACUAGAAUGAUACAAAACUAUAACAGCAAUGACUAGAAUGAUACAAAACUAUAACAGCAAUGACUAGAAUGAUACAAAACUAUAACAGCAAUGACUAGAAUAAUACAAAACUAUAACAGCAAUGACUAGAAUGAUACAAAACUGUAACAGCAAUGACUAGAAUAAUACAAAACUAUAACAGCAAUGACUAGAAUGAUACAAAACUAUAACAGCAAUGACUAGAAUAAUACAAAACUAUAACAGCAAUGACUAGAAUAAUACAAAACUAUAACAGCAAUGGCCAGAAUGAUACAAAACUAUAACAGCAAUGACUAGAAUGAUACAAAACUAUAACAGCAAUGACUAGAAUAAUACAAAACUAUAACAGCAAUGGCCAGAAUGAUACAAAACUAUAACAGCAAUGACUAGAAUGAUACAAAACUAUAACAGCAAUGACUAGAAUAAUACAAAACUAUAACAGCAAUGGCCAGAAUGAUACAAAACUAUAAAAGCAAUGACUAGAAUGAUACAAAACUAUAUUCAGUGAUACGCAAACGUGCAACCCUGUGUUUUGAAUUGAUAAAUGAAUUCUGGGAAGCUGGCUCACCACCGCAACGUUUGUCCCGGUGACUUCGGCUGCCAUCCUCAAUUUGAGCUCCCCACCCCCCCACCACCACAUAUUCGUCCAUCAAAGUGGCAAACGUCGGGCACAUUUUUAUUUCAUCUAUCUAAACAUCAGUCAUCUGCUUUGAGAAGUGACCUGUAUUAGACAUGAGAUGCAUUUAGUAUUGUUUAAAUUAUACUGUAUUUUUAUUAAAUUAAAAUUAUAAUACUUCAUGGUAAGAUUUUGAUAUAGCAAAGAACUAUUUUGAGCCUAUAUUGUACUACAUUGGGAGGUCCAGUGUCACGUGGUCUGCUACUCUUACAUGAUACUUAAUGUAACUCAAAAUUCAUUCCACUUUUGUUUGAUCUGGGUCAAAGAUAAAAAUAUUGUGGAUAACAGAAAAAAAUAAAUGUUUACCAAUAAGAAGGCGUGUUUCAACGAAAAUGUUUGGUUUAGCGCAGUGGUCGGCAAACUCAUUGGUCAAAAGUAGGCCAGUGGUCAGCUAACUCAUUGGUCAAAAGUAGGCCAGUGGUCAGCUAACUCAUUGGUCAAAAGUAGGCCAGUGGUCGGCAAACUCAUUGGUCAAAAGUAGGCCAGUGGUCAGCUAACUCAUUGGUCAAAAGUAGGCCAGUGGUCGGCAAACUCAUUGGUCAAAAGUAGGCCAGUGGUCGGCAAACUCAUUAGUCAAAAGUAGGCCAGUGGUCGGAAAACUCAUUAGUCAAAAGUAGGCCAGUGGUCGGAAAACUCAUUGGUCAAAAGUAGGCCAGUGGUCGGAAAACUCAUUGGUCAAAAGUAGGCAAGUGGUCGGCAAACUCAUUGGUCAAAAGUAGGCCAGUGGUAGGAAAACUCAUUGGUCAAAAGUAGGCAAGUGGUCGGAAAACUCAUUGGUCAAAAGUAGGCCAGUGGUUGGCAAACUCAUUGGUCAAAAGUAUCCCAGUGGUCGGCAAACUCAUUGGUCAAAAGUAGGCAAGUGGUCGGCAAACUCAUUAGUCAAAAGUAGGCAGGUAAUCGGAUAACUCAUUAGUCAAAAGUAGGCCAGUGAUCGGAAAAAUCAUUAGUCAAAAGUAGGCCAGUAAUCGGCAAACUCAUUAGUCAAAAGUAGGCCAGUGAUCGGCAAACUCAUUAGUCAAAAGUAGGCCAGUAAUCGGCUAACUCAUUAGUCAAAAGUAGGCCAGUGAUCGGCAAACUCAUUAGUCAAAAGUAGGCCAGUAAUCGGCUAACUCAUUAGUCAAAAGUAGGCCAGUAAUCGGCAAACUCAUUAGUCAAAAGUAGGCCAGUAAUCGGAAAACUCAUUAGUCAAAAGUAGGCGAGUAAUCGGCUAACUCAUUAGUCAAAAGUAGGCCAGUGAUCGGCAAACUCAUUAGUCAAAAGUAGGCCAGUAAUCGGCUAACUCAUUAGUCAAAAGUAGGCGAGUAAUCGGCUAACUCAUUAGUCAAAAGUAGGCCAGUGAUCGGCAAACUCAUUAGUCAAAAGUAGGCCAGUAAUCGGCUAACUCAUUAGUCAAAAGUAGGCCAGUAAUCGGCAAACUCAUUAGUCAAAAGUAGGCCAGUAAUCGGCAAACUCAUUAGUCAAAAUUAGGUCAGUGAUCGGCAAACUCAUUGGUCAAAAGUGCCAAAAAUCAGAAGCAGGACGAUUUAUGUUUCAAAUUUAAGAGUCAAAAGAACCUGUCAGGAACCUUGCUUUUGGGAGUCAAAUCCGAUUUGUGGCCAACUGGCUGAGCCACACUCAGGUCACUAAAGAGUUGAGUUCCAUCUGAAGACUAACAUGAUGAACAGAGCCUACCCUGGAAUGGAAGAUAUCCAGAUAUCAGAACAGGGUGUGCUUGCCCUACUUAAAACCAUUAACCCCUACAAGGCUUGUGGCCCUGACAACAUCAAACCAUGAGUGCUCCAAGAAUUAGCCAAAGAAAUCCCUCCUGCACUGACAAGCCUCUUCCAAUCGUCGCUGUGCACAGGAAAUGUUCCAGCAGACUGAAGAACAGCGCAUGUCACUCCAAUUUACAAGAAAGGGGAGCAUUUCGACCCUGCCAACUAUCGUGCGAUAUCCCUCAUCAGCGUGGUCUGCAAACUGUUAGAGCACUUAAUCGUAAGCACAGUCAUGAAGCAUCUUGAAAGCAAAAUAUACUCAAUGAAUGUCAACAUGGCUUCGGAGUCAAUAGAUCAUGUGAGAUCCAGCUCCUUGAAUUUGUAGAAGACUUGAUGACCAAUCUGGAGAACCACAAGCAAACUGACGUGCUGGUGAUGGACUUCGCAAAGGCAUUUGACCGUGUCAAUCAUAGUUUGCUUCUACACAAACUCCAGAGAUGUGGGAUCCAAGGCAUCACUAAAACAUGGAUCUCUAGCUUCCUCAGCCACUGAUGCCAUGCAGAAGUAGUGGACGGUACAAGCUCCUCCUUUGUCAAUGUGAAAUCAGGGAUCAGUGUUAGGCCCUUGUAUGUUCCUAGCAUUCAUUAAUGACCUACCCGAGAAACUGACAUCACAGGCAAGACUGUUCGCAGAUGACACGGCGGUGUAUAGGACGAUCGCCAACAGUUCUGACCAGGACCAGCUACAACAGGAUCUUAAUCGGUUAGCUGAGUGGGAGAUGAGCUGGGACAUGGAAUUUCACCCUGCCAAGUGCCAGACCCUAUCAGUUACUAGAAGUUGUACUCCUCUACACUACCAAUACGAACAGCACGGCCAUAUACUUGAGCCAGUUUCCUCCGUAAAGUAACUGGGUGUUACCAUUCAAAGAGAGGUCCGCUGGGACGAGCAUAUUAACAAUGUGUGUAACCAGGCAAACAAGACCCUUGGGUUCUUGUGUGAAAGUAAGAGCCUAUAAAGCCUUUGUCCGGCCGAUUUUAGACUAUCCAUCUUCAGUCUGGGACCCAUUUAACCAGAAGAGCAUUGACAGGUUGGAGGCGGUCCAGCGAUGGGCAGCAUGCUUUGUCCUAAACCGCUACAGGAAUACCUCUAGUGUUGGCAGCAUGCUAGAAACACUAGGCUGGUCACCAUUGGAGGAACGACGACGACUAUCCGGGCUCUCCAUGAUGUACAAGAUAAAUAAUGGGCUGGUCCACUGUUCCAGUAUUAAACAGAAACUCGUCCCUCUUUUCCCCAUAGACAGCGACGAGGCCAUAACAGGCAAUUGAGGCUCAUACCAGCAAGAAGCCAGUAUAGGAGCUGCUCCUUCCUGCCCCAGACAAUCAGGGACUGGAACAAGCUUUCAAAAGAAACAGUUGAGGUGACAACACUAGACACAUUUGCGUCUAUUGCCUCAGGCCUUCCAGCCCCCAGUGCAUGAUUCCCUUAGAAAAUAGCACUUGCAAUCAGUGAAAUAUCCUCAUCAACACCAGCAACAGAAACAUUUCAAAUCCCCUCUACAUGCUUAGGAGCCAAAAUGAUCAAUAAAUUGAUCGUGGGCCCUUAAUAUAUAGAAGAAGAAGAAGCCGCAUGAGGCUCGCAAGCCGUGAUUUGCCGACUACUGAUUUAGCAGAACAAUGAGUUCCUUCAAAACUUAGGUCUGGACAUUUUAGACGACCAUAACAUUAAAAAAUAGAUAGGCUGAGCUUUCGAUCAAUACCAAAUAUGUCAAGGUAGAGUUGUAGUUAUAAAAGCAAACGACCCCCAAGGGUCUGCUUUGCAUGAAUCACCCCUCUCCCCCCCCUACCCUGGCAAAAUUUUCUUUUACCAUACUACUUAAAAUACAUUAACAACUUUUUUAUUCAAAUUGUAAAAACAAAAUUAUUAAUAAGAUGUUUAUUUAUUAAUAUUCAGGAUAAUCUAAUUUUUAUAAAAAGAAUGUAAGCAUUGAUACUUUCCCCCAUCAUGUUUCAAUGUACACAUAACACAUGCGUGAACGAGUUUCAAAAUACCUACAUCUUUCGGCUUUGCCCGAAAGUCUCGUUAAACUUUUUAUUUUGACUUCUGUUUCGGCCACCAGUCACUUUUUACUUUCGGUCUUGUUUCGGUUUCGGCCGAAAUCAGAAAAUUACUUUCUUUCGGUCUCUAAUUUUCAUUUGCAAAUCUAACUUACGUUGUUUUUUUCUCCAGGAAGUGACGACAUAUUGUCAGACAAAGACGAACGACAUAUUCCAAAAUUGCACGCUCACCCUGGGCUUCAUGAGUGACAGCAGGGGUGACCAGACCGACCGUUUUUUUACAAACACCAGCGAAUUCAUUGUGCCAGGUGAGUUCAUCACGUGAACUCGGUUUGUGAAUAUCCCCCCACCCAAACCACACACACACACACACACACACACACACACACACACAAACACACACACACACACACACACCGUAGCGAACAUCUAAAAAGUUAAAAUGUACCCACAAUCCUUUUCUCCGGAAAAACUGUGGUAAAAUCGUACUGGUGACAGAUAAUGGUCAGAGUAGAAUCAGACUAGUUAAACUAACUGUCUCUCUCCCGAAGAUAGCAAGUCUUAUCUUCGUCCAUCACUGUCCUCCAGCCAUACCUUAAGCUAGCAAGUCUUAUCUUCGUCCAUCACUGUCCUCCAGCCAUACCUUAAGCUAGCAAGUCUUAUCUUCACCCAUCACUGUUGUCCAGCCAUACCUUAAGCUAGCGAGUCUUAUCUUUACCCAUCGCAGUCCUCCUGCCAUACCUUAAGCUAGCGAGUCUUAUCUUCACCCAUCACUGUCCUCCAGCCAUACCUUAAGCUAGCGAGUCUUAUUUUCAGCCCAUCACUGUCCUCCCGCCAUACCUUAAGCUAGCGAGUCUUAUCUUCACCCAUCACUGUCCUCCAGCCAUACCUUAAGCUAGCGAGUCUUAUCUUCACCCAUCACUGUCCUCCAGCCAUACCUUAAGCUAGCGAGUCUUAUCUUCACCCAUCACUGUCCUCCAGCCAUACCUUAAGCUAGCGAGUCUUAUCUUCACCCAUCACUGUCCUCCAGCCAUACCUUAAGCUAGCGAGUCUUAUCUUCACCCAUCACUGUCCUCCAGCCAUACCUUAAGCUAGCGAGUCUUAUCUUCACCCAUCACUGUCCUCCAGCCAUACCUUAAGCUAGCGAGUCUUAUCUUCACCCAUCACUGUCCUCCAGCCAUACCUUAAGCUAGCGAGUCUUAUCUUCACCCAUCACUGUCCUCCAGCCAUACCUUAAGCUAGUGAGUCUUAUCUUCACCCAUCACUGUCCUCCAGCCAUACCUUAAGCUAGCGAGUUUAUCUUCACCCAUCACUGUCCUCCAGCCAUACCUUAAGCUAGCGAGUCUUAUCUUCACCCAUCACUGUCCUCCAGCCAUACAUUAAGCUAGCGAGUCUUAUCUCCGACCAUCGCUGUCCUUCAGGCAUACAAUUCCAGUUAUUAUUAUGUUUUCAUUUUUAAAAAGUGUUUGUCUUAAAAGUUAAUCUAUAGUUUACGAAAUAAUAAUCCUCAACUUAAAAAAAAAUUAUCCAUUUAUAACAGUGGUUCUCAACCUUUCCAAAGCCGCGACCCUUUAAGACAGUUCCUCAUGUUGUGGCGACCCCCAACGACAAAACUAUUUUCCUUGAUACUUUAUGACUUCAGAGUAUAGGUCGUCCCCUUAGAAUAACAAGGUUCUAAGUCAAUUUUUUGAAAAAAACUGUGUUAUUGUCCCUGUGCAACAGUUAAUCAACCCUUCUAUCAUGGUACAAAAGAUGAAACCUUUAUAAUGAGACGAUUUUGUAGGAAAUUCAAAAUAACAAGGUUCUAACUCGAGGUUGGCCUUUCACUUGAGAAUAACAAAGUUCUAACGUAUAGUUUUAGUUUUAACGAGAUUCUAUUUAUGGUGAACCAAUAAAAAUUCAGCUUGUAAAAUGAGUUCGGUAUCUUCAGCCAAUCAUAAGGCUUGUUAUGUACCGUUACCUCAAUGGUCAUGGAUUGUUUACAUUCAAAAUGGCGGCCGCCACAAUAGAAAAUAGGUUAUUUGAGGAGAGAACGUUUAGCACAACAUAAAAUGAUUAAAACAAAGUCGGGUUAAACCUGAAAAAAGGAACGCAACGAAACAAACAAACAAAAAAAAAACAAAAAAAAACAAAAAAACUUUGUUUUGUUGCGUUCCAUUUUUGUCAGGUUUAACCCGACUUUGUAUGACUCAUUUUAGAUUAUCACUUGCAAAUAGUUUUUUUUGGAGCUCCUCGACAAGCGAAUAUGAUACUGAGAGCAAUGCUAAUAUUAUCUAUUGCCAUGUGAAGUGUUUUCAUCACCAAGUCUAAUAAGAGUCCUUAAAUCUGUUAGCAGGUGAAACCUUAUAAACUCAUGAAGCAUUCAGGCCAAAUGACUUCAAAGAUUUUAAAUGGUACUGAAGUUCUAAUUGAUAAGGUUCAAUACCAGAGUGUAAAAUAUUCCGAAGUAUGUGUACCGAGUAAUGAAAUUUACAAAUGAGCCAUUGGUUGGUUGUAGAUUUAACAUUAUGGACAUAGCAUGUGAAAACAUCCAUGUAAGAAAACCUAAAAGCACUAGAAGUUGUGUCCCAAUUAAAUCAACGCAAUUAUUUGUGCCUCAACCAAAGUUAGCAAUGUCAUCAAAUAAACUGUCUGUAGCUAAGAAAACAGAUUUUAGAGACGUGAUCAAGUUCAUGCCUGAGUAAGACAGGCAAUACUAUAGCAACAUAGUUAUGCAACUUGUUGUAGUAUGUUAGCUGGUUUUAAAUGAAAAUAAUGCAGAAACUUCAAGUGUGUGUGUAAACCAUGUUAUUGUCUAAUUAAUGUUUAUGUUUGAGUUUGUAAUAAUAUAUUAAUACAAAGAAACUAUAUACAAGGAAAUAUUUUCUGUCUUUACUUUAAAUAAAAUUGUUAAUGAUUUAGUCUUGUUAGUAUUUGCGAUCUAAAUAAUGAAUAUGUAUUUAUUCUUGAAAGUAAUUUCUUAAAUCAUAGAGUUAAAUAAAUAGAACCUUGUUAUUCUAAAGUGAAAUAGCAUUUUCAGAAUUACAAAGUUCUAUAAAAAAUUUCACAAAUUCAUAUAAAAUCAAAAUCAAUACACAAAACUUUCAUUUUAAUGAUCAAACCUUGGAUUGAUAAUAUAAACAUAAAAUAACAACAACUUCUAUAAAAAUGUUUUUAGUUUAUCCAUACCUAACAUCAAAUUUUCAAACGCGAAUAUCUCGGUUUGACCAAAAGGUCAUAUAGAUUCUUGUUAUUCUAGGGGCACGAUGAGAUUUCAGAUGGUCUUAGGCGACCCCGGUGAAAGGGUCGUGUGACCCCCAAAGGGGUCGCAACCCACAGGUUGAGAACCGCUGAUUUAUAAGGUCAUGUAAACUGAAGCCAUAGUUAUACAACAAGAACCGAAUCAUUUUCUCCUUGCUCCGUUCAUUAUGAUUCUUGUUCAAUGCCCGGUCCCCUCACGCCCCAGAUACUUUCUACAAUCACGAGUGGAACAUCCUGAGCAACGAAGUCGACUUGGUCUCACGGAAUGACACGGGAGGCCGGUUCUCUUACAUCAACGUUGAUCUGAACCUAGAGAGGCGGGAAGGUGAGAGCAAGGAGAUCUCAGCAGACGAAAGGUCUGACGCCAUUCAUCCACAGACAACUUACUACCCGCGACCGGAAAAACACCAGGCUAAAGAAAAUAACGGCUCCGAUUUUCGAUGGUCUGUGUGGAUAUUGUGUGUGUGCAGUAGUAUUGUUGUUGUAACACAGGUGCUUUGUGUGGAUGCUAUGCAUGUGUAGUAGUAGUGUUGUUGUAACACAGGUGGUCUGUGUGGAUGUUGUGCGUGUGUAGUAGUAGUAGCGUUGUUGUAACACAGGUGGUCUGUGUGGAUGUUGUGCGUGUGUAGUAGUAGUAGCGUUGUUGUAACACAGGUGUUCACAUUUCUUCUUGUUGCGUAAUUGUUUAUUGAGGGAUUUUUAUUGGUGGAGUGGAGCAGUGGUUCUCAAACUAUAUGUUAGGAACCAGUCAUUGGUGUAAGGUUUUUAAAGUUAAGCAGUUCUUAGGAAAGUAAAACAGUUUUUUUAAAGGGCUGGUUAAGGAUUUACACAUUUUUAAAAUGGCC